AUGAACAUCGACUCAAUACGCAUCAAUCCCGUUCUUGUCUUCGCCUUGCCCCGACAGCCAUCUCUGACUAUUCAACCUUCCAACAUGUCCGCCGUCAAAAGCGAGCCUGCCGACUCGGCGACGAUCCAGGAGUACAGCAUCAUCGGCGAGCAAGACGAUGCCUCUGACAGGCUGGCGAGCUGGAUAGCAGAGUUGAGUCUCGACGAGGCUCACAUCACGUUUGUUUUCGACGGCUAUGAUGAAGCAUCCGACGACGAGAAUGUCGACUCCAAGGACACGAAGAGCCCCGGCCCCUUCGAGAUCCCGCACAGCCUACUACGAGACAUGCGCAACUUGAACUGCAGCGCCUCGAAUUCAGACUCCUCUGACACCGAUGAUGAAGAGGCCGAGCAUGUCGAGUUCAUUCGCAAGCUGCGAGAGCUGCGCAGGGUUCGCCGCUGCACUGCGAGCAGUAUAGGAAAGCGGACCGUUUCUGAGCGCAGCGAGUCUGACAAUGAAGAGUUGGCACCGUUGAGUCAUGAUGCUGUUGCGUCGAGAGCCGAGAGGUUGCGACGUCGGGAGGCCAAUCGUGAGAGACUUCUUCACCUGGCAAACCAGACGUCAUCAACGGAGCCGAUCGUCGAAGAGCGGGACAGUGAUGGCCCCUCCCAAAGCGAGAAUUGGUCUGCGACUCUGCUUGAGAUGCCUUUCUUCGAAGCAUGCAGUUCGGACGAAGAUGGCGAGCUUCAAGAUCUGCCUUCGAAAAAUUGCCGAGAUGUGCAACUGGGGAUGUCCUACAACACUGUUCGUGCCUUGCGUCGUCCUUUUCCUUCGAGAAGCAGUUUUGGUCGAGGCGAACCCGCCGAUGACCUCAAGACGCCUGCUACUCCGGGGGAAGUCAACCGCAAUAGUCAGAUGGGCGAGCACGGCGAAACACACCGCUUCAUGGAGUCAAGGGCACCCGGAGGUCACGAUUCCGACACGAAGGCUAGAUCGGGGGAACAUUCAAACGGACCGCGUGCGGUGAAUGUUCGCUUUGACGCCGAUCUGGACAUCUCAGAAAUCGAGGACAAUAAGAGACCAUCAGUGCCUGGACGCAACCAGAAACGAAAACGGUUGGACGAACCUCAACCUCAUCCUGAGCCGGCCUUGCUACCCCUGCUGGCGUGUCCGUACCUAAAGCAUGAUGCGGAAAAGUAUGGGCAGCUGCGAGGUUGUCGCGGAGCUGCUUUCAAGGACAUACACAGACUAAAGGAGCACCUAUACAGAACCCAUAGGCAGAAGGAGAACUGCCCGCGUUGCCGUACUAUAUUUGAUGAUGAAGAGGAGAGAAACAGACAUCUGAAAUCCAAGACUGUUUGUGAAGUUGUUGAAGGGAUCUCACUCGAGGGUUAUGAUAAAGCCCAAGGCGAGAAGCUGAAGAGUAAGAAGCGAGUGAAAGGGGUCAAUUCCCGCGAGGACAAAUGGAAACAUAUAUACGGGAUACUCUUUCCAAACUGCAAGGACACGCCCGAUCCCUUUUACAAGCCCAUUUUCGAUGACGAAUCCCGAAAAUCUGGCUUGAUACGGUUGGAUCUAGAAGACACUGAGCACAUUCUCCCGCAAGACGUCCCGUUGCAGCUAGAGGAAGAUACAUACGCACUGGCGGAGAAGGCAAUCGGCAUGGAACUCAGCUUGGCGAAACGUCGGAAGCUUAUGGACGUGUUCAAGGGGUUUGCGGUAAAGAUGAGCCAGCUGUCCCAGAAAGAAGGUCCAGAAGCGAGGGCAGACAAGGAGACCACUCACGAUUCUUCAGAGGAGCGAAUCAUUGACGAGCCAGAGGGCUCAGGGCUAACGCCAGGUUCAUCCGAGCUGAGCCAGAGUCUCCAUACUCCAGACGCCGCGGAGCCUUUGGCGAUGUUUGCUUUAAGCAGCAUGCCCGAAGCCGUUCCGUCGGAUGUGGCACCGAAGGACACUCUGAACGUGGCACCUCCGCCUACCGAGCCACGGAUAUCUCCUCUUGAACUAGAAAACUUCUCUAUGGGCGAGGAGUUUGAGUUUGGCGACUGGUCUCGGUGGCCGUUGGACAACAGGAUAAGCUAUGACUGGAUCAACGGUGGGAAUUAUGGGUUUAUGUUUUCUUUCGAGGGGCAUACCGAUUCAUUGCAAGUUCAGAACUUCGGGAACUGUGGCGGACAGCCUGACAUCGUCACUACGGAAGCGUUUCUGGCAGCGAAUGAAUAUCCCUUGGCGGGAACCAAUCAAGCAUGGGCUGCUGCUGAUGAGCGAUGGCUCGGGAUGUGA